GGGAGCGAGCGGGCGGAGCGGGAAGAAACCGCCCGGUACCGAGCGGAGCUCCGGGGCUGGGCAUGGGGCGCUGAGCCGGGCCUCUCCGGCACCGCGGGGCGCUCCCGGUGCGCUCUCAGCGCGGUCCCGGUGCCACCCUCGGUGCCAUCCGCACCAUGCCUGAGCAGCUCAGCGUGGCCGAGUUCCUGGCCGUGACCGGUGAAGACCUCAGCUCCUCGGCUUCCGCCUUCGCUUCCAAGAUGCAGAAGUGCCGCGGGGCAGUGGGGGCUCUGGAGGAGAGCCUGGACGGGGACCAAGCUGUGCUCCAGAGGAUCAGGAAAUAUGUGAAAGCCAUUCACAGCUCCGGGCUCACCCACGUGGAGAAUGAGGAGCAGUACAGCGAAGCCCUGGAGACCUUCGGCAGCAGCCACCUGUCCCAGAGCAACCAUGAGCUCUCCACAGGCUUCCUCAACCUGGCCGUGUUCAGCCGCGAGGUCACUGCGCUCUUCAAGAACCUGGUGCAGAACCUCAACAACAUCAUCUCCUUCCCCCUGGACAGCCUGCUGAAGGGGCAGCUGAGGGAUGGCCGCCUGGAGUCCAAGAAGCAGCUUGAAAAGGCCUGGAAGGAUUACGAGAGCAAAGUGGGGAAGCUGGAGAAGGAGAAGGAGCGAGGCCGCGGGGCUGGGGCGGCGCCGGCAGAGGCAGAGGUGGCCGAGGACGCGCAGAGGGAGCGGCGACUGCUGCAGCUCCACAUGUGUGAGUACCUGCUGAGAGCCAGUGAGUCUCAGAUGAAGCAGGGACCCAAUUUCCUCCAGAGCCUCAUCAAGUUUUUCCAUGCUCAGCACAAUUUCUUCCAAGACGGCUGGAAGGCUGCCCAGAACCUCUCCCCCUUCAUCGAGAAGCUCACCGUGUCCCUCCACGCACUCCACCAAGCCCAAGAGGAGGAGGUGAAGCAGCUCACCCAGACUCGAGAUUCCCUCCGCAGCAUCCUCCAGCUGGAGAACAGGGAGGAAAACCUCAGCAGGAAGAACUCUGGCAGUGGCUACAGCAUCCACCAGCACCAGGGGAACAAGCAGCACGGGACCGAGAAGUCUGGGUUCCUGUACAAGAAGAGUGAUGGAAUCCGCAAAGUCUGGCAGAAGAGGAAGUGUGGGGUGAAGUAUGGCUGCCUGACCAUCUCCCACAGCACGAUAAACCGUCCCCCGGUCAAGCUGAACCUCCUCACCUGCCAGGUGCGGCCCCACGCCGAGGAGAAGAAGUGUUUUGACUUGGUGACCCGAGCUCCUUGUUUGGAGGAGAACGUCCCAAGCCAUGGCACCAUUGGCCCUUUCAUUCCGGCGCUGAGUGUCGUCUGCAGAGGAGGGGAACCAAGCUCUCCACGGAGAUCCAGCAGGCUGAAGACCAAGAGUUUGCAGCAGGGCUCUGACAACAGAACCUAUCACUUCCAGGCGGAGGACGAGCAGGAGUGCCUUGUGUGGGUCUCGGUGCUGCAGAACAGCAAGGACGAAGCCCUGAGCAACGCCUUCAAGGGGGACCCCGGCGGCGGGGCGGCGGAGGGCAGCGGCGUGCAGGAGCUGACCAAGCUGGUCAUCAGCGAGGUGAAGAGCAUGCCAGGGAACAAGCGGUGCUGCGACUGCGGGGCCUCGGACCCCACAUGGCUCUCCACCAACCUGGGCAUCCUGACCUGCAUCGAGUGCUCCGGCAUCCACCGGGAGCUGGGUGUGCACUACUCCCGCAUCCAGUCCCUCACCCUGGACGUCCUCAGCACCUCUGAGCUGCUGCUGGCGGUCAGCAUUGGGAACAGUCGCUUCAAUGAGGUCAUGGAGGCCACACUGCCCACGCAGGACUGCCCCAAGCCCUCGGCCAGCAGCGACAUGUCUGCCCGCAAGGAGUUCAUCGUGGCCAAGUACGUGGAGCGGCGCUACGUGCAGAGGGGAGCCCACCAGGACCCCCACUGCCUCUGGGAGGCCAUUCGUGCCCGUGACCUCCCGGGCCUGCUCCAGGCCUUUGCUGAGGGCCAUGACCUGUCCAAGCCCUUGUCCAGCCCUGAGGGCCAGGCCCCGGGUGAGCUGGCACUGCACAUGGCUGUGCGUCACGCCGACAGAUCGUCCCUUCCGCUGGUGGACUUCAUCAUCCAGAACGGGGGGACGCUGGACCAGGUGACGCAGGAUGGGAACACAGCUUUGCACUACGGUGCAAUCUACAACCAGCCCAACUGCCUCAAGCUGCUCCUGAGGGGCAAAGCUGCCUUCACCACGGUGAAUGCAGCGGGCGAAACAGCUUUGGAUGUGGCGCGGAGGCUCAAGCACACCGAGUGUGAAGAGCUGCUGGAGCAGGCACAGGCAGGGAAGCUCUCCGUGCAGAUCCACAUUGACUAUGACUGGGAGGCUCCCCAGGAUUUUCUGUACGACAGCGAGGAUGAGCUGGAGGAGAAGGUGAGCCCCAUCCAGCGCUCCUUCAAGGGCACCUCUCCACUGGCCACCAGCCCCCCACCUGCCUGCCCCCAGACCCGCUGGAGCUGCAUGGGGAUGGACAUCACCAACAAGACCUAUGAGAGCAUCCUGGUGCCCUCACACCCUGCACCCCGCCGGGCCCACAGCGAGGAGAUCCCCCCCCCACUGCCCCUCAAAAACACCAUGAGGGGCAACUCCCACCCCAAAACCAGCCACAGCCCCACUGAGCGCCCAGAGCUCCUCCGGCAGGCAUCAGAGCCGCAGUUCUCCAGUCCAGUGGAGGCUCCCGCGCCCCGCAGCCUCUCUUCCACCCUGGACGGCUCCCCUGUCCCCGUAGCCCCUGGCGCCCGCAGCCCCAGCGAGAGCCGUCGGGCAGCGUACUGGGAGACUCGCUCCGAGGCGGAGGGCAGCGGUGGCCGGCGCGGGGCAGAGCUGAGCCCCUCGCCCGGGCACUCCCCGCACAGCGGCACAGUCCCCGACACCCCUCCUGUCAAAUUUGGCAGCUCAGAGAGCACCCGCUCGUACCGGCGCAUCAGCGGCGUGGUGGGCAAGGCUGGGGUGGCUGCAACCCCCCAGAGCCCUGCUGGCCCUGAGGACCCUGCCCUGGGCAAGGUGCUCCCCGUGCCCAUGCCCAGGAGAUUUGCUCCGGCCAAGGGGAGGCAGAAGCGCGUGAAAGCAGUGGCUGACUGCAGGGGGGACAAGGCGCGGGAGCUGACCUUCUGCAAGGGGGAGGUGAUCGUGGUGACCCGAGAGGAGGAUGAGCAGAGCUGGGUUGGUUUCAUCGAGGGUGAUGGCUCCCGCACCGGGGUCUUCCCUGCCAGCUGUGUCCACCUCUUGCAGGACUGACUGGGUGGCAGUGGCCCCUCUGUCCCUGUGCCCUGUGCCAGGCCGAGGCAGCUCCCUGCUGUCCAGGGAGCGCUCAGCAGAGCCAGACCAGGAGGGAUGUAUCCAGCACUGUGUUGUGGGACCACUCAGCUGGGCUGGACACUGCCCUUCAAGGGGCCUCAGAGACCCCUCUGCUGGGGGAGCCAUCCAUGGCUGGUGGCUGGGGGAGCAGGGGACAGACACUGCCCUGCUGGGCUGAGCAUUCUGUGUCCCCUGCUCCCCCAUCCCUCCUGUUUGUUCUGCCCAUCCCCAAGCAUUGUCCCUUCUCUGCAAGGACUGGGGGAGAGAGAAGCUGCACUUGGUCCCCCCCACCCUCAUUUGCCAAGGAGCCAUGGACCCCCCUCCCUGUCCUGGGGGGAACAGGGUUGGGGAGCAGCCAGGUACCCCCCCCCCCCCCCUUUUCUUCUCAACCUCAACUGUGAAGCCCUUGGAAUGGGCAGGGAAGAGGGAAGGGCUUUUAGGAACCUUGGAGGGGAGGCUGGAGGGUCUCUAGGUUCCCCCCAUGCUCUGGUUACUGGUGGGGCUUGGGGUUGCUCCAAAGCCUCCCCUGGGUAGCAGUGAAAUGCCAUUCCUCCAUCUGGGGGGCUUCAGGUGGCCCCACACAGCCCCUGCCAUGGGGGCUGGGGUGGAUGCUGGAUCACUACCCUGGCCCUGGGGGGUCUUCCCAAGGGGAUUUUGCAGCUUUUUGUGGGACCAAUGUCCCCUUCCCAUGCUGGUGUCCCUCGGGAGCCACCUGCCUUCCCCCCCGCCGACCCUCCCUGCUUUUCUGUCUGUGUCAAAUGUUUCAUCUCAAAAAUGUCUUUUGUUUUUUAA